AUGGUGGUCUACCAGCAGAAACAUGAAGAGGUGCUGAAGAGGAUUGAGGAUGAGUCUGGGGUAAAGCCAGGAGAUCCUGGUAUGUUCAAACAUUAUCAGGCGGCGGUGAAGAGAGUCAUGGCUGAAUUGAAUGACAACGAGUUGGAGAAGGUGAAAGAAACAGCGGAAGAGUGGUCCAACAACUGUCCACCUCCGGAGAUACAAGCACAAGUAGCUCGUAAGAAGGGUCCAGCAUAUAUGGAGCACUUUUUGAACGAGAUGUGGAGGCAAUGUGGGAUGAGAGUUUUUGUGAUGUCGGCUUGGAAGAAUGAAAAGGGAGAGGUGCUGUUCGGGAUGCAUGAUGAUAAUGAGGCCUUAGGAGAUGGGGACAGCUUCAUGAAGAUGAAGGACUGGGAGGACAUUGAGCCAGUGUGGCAGGAGUACGCACAGGAACAGUUCGCUUUCGAACUCGAAAUGGACAGGGAAGGUAUGCCGUUCCUUCCGGACAUCACGGACACGAAACUUGAGGAGAAGAAGGCCAUAGUGAGGGCCUUUCUUACAUCACACUAUCGUGAGUUUCUCGUCGCAUCAUCCGACAAAUUGUUCAAUGCAUGGACACAGGGAUAUGAUGACUUCGUGGCCCGGAUGUAUCUUCCGGCAGAUGUUGACUUGAAGGAGCCUUCGAAGCUGCAAAAUUGGGACACGACUGCCUUGCUCCACUUCUGGCGUGCUCGGCAGGAAACAGGCGAAGGUCCCACAUUUCUGUUCAAAGCAUGGAAGAACAAAGAUGGGGACAUGGUACCAUCUGUCAUAUCUGGCAACUUGCCCUCUCCUCAGACUUGUAUAGUGAGAAGGCAGCAGAGGAUUACCAUCCGAAGGUCUCGGGAUUCAUCAACAGAAGCCGAGAGUGAUAAGGAGAGUGCCACUCAACAUACGGAGGAUGAUGUGGAUGAUGACAUGGCUGACGGGAGACAUCCGCUGAAGAAACCCAGAACAGGAGGUCCUACACCCAAAGGGAUGGCAGUCCCACAUGCAAUUCCAAAGCCUCGCCCUGCCAAACCGGCCAAAAAAGGUGCAUUACUGACAUCAUGA